UUUUAUGUGACAGCGUUAGUUAUCGCUUCCUAAAUUUUGAACAGAUAGCAUAGAUCAAGGGUAGUGUACAGUGAGAGAAAGAAAUUGAUAAAGUAUUCACUUAUACCCGAUGGGACUGUUAGGUAGCCAGUUAUUUGUGAAACAGGUGAGCACACCAGCGCAUCAACAACCCUUAACAUACCAAUAAUCCACAACGGGAAGACAAACAGUAUGGGGGAGAUGAAUGACUUAGUGUUGCAAACAAUCAUUUUUGGAGUCGUCGUGUUAAUGAUGUCUGUGGGUCAAUGUCUAUGGUGUCAGAUGGACCGGCAAAGAGAUACAGAAGAGAAGAAAAAACGGAAUACCGAAGGGAAUGAAACAUCUCAGGCAAAACCAACUGAAAAAAAGCGAGCAAAAUUGUACACGACAGACAGCGAAAACGAUAAAAAUGCACCAGAUUUGUUGAACAAAGAACGGACUCAACGGCAAGAUCAAAUUCAGCGUCAACGAUCACAUGAAGCAAGCAAACAGAUGCUUUUUGGUGUUUACUGCAAUGUGGUAUCUACGCUUGAAGAAUACGAAGCACGAACAAACAGGGGUACAACGAUGCCGAAAUCAAAUAUAAACUUGCCCGAUCAGUCGAGAAAAACGCUUAAAGAUGUCAGAUGGAAUGUUCAAACGCAACUGUUGGUGUUUGAAGAGCAAAGCAAAGCAUGUCCAACCGAGGUAAAACAUGAAGUAAACAAAACGUUGAGAAAGAAAACACUAAUAUGGGCUGCAGUGAGGGAGGAAAAUAAAUUAGAAAUAGAGGAUACAGAUUAUUUCAUAUGUCAGCUGUAUGAAAUUCUUGUCAAAGGAAAGACUCGCCACGCAUUUCUUGACAAACCAAGGAAGCCUACUUCAUACAAAACAAUACAAGACACAAUACCCAUUAUUAUGAUAGGAAAACAUAACACCGCCAUGUUAGAUGAAACAUUUAAGAAAGAUCCCAAAACGAUUGCUUCUAGUCCAAUGACAAGAACUGCUUAUACAGACGACGCUUUUAAGCUAGGUGCAUGCCGUCUAAAACGUAUAAAGCAUGGUUUGAGUCAAGACCUGAACAAAGAUGUGGAAGAUUUCGAACGAGAGGGGCCCGAUGACUUAAAAUAAACGAAGCUGUGUUAUUGUCAAAAUUGUGAUUGUGUUAGUUCUGUCCUUAACUGUUUAUGUUUUGCGCUUUCCAUGUGUAUUAUUGUACAUUUUUAUGGGUUUUGGCAAACCAAUCGACCCAUAUAAUGCUUGUAUAAAGGUCCAGGAAUAACAGGAAUGUACAUAUAAGUAAAUGUGAUUUC